AUGCAGCACCCGCCGGCUGCGCCGCACGCCCUGCCCGUGCCCAAGGUGCAGCUGCCCGAUGAUGGCGACCCCGUGCCCGGCGCGACGCGGCUGGUCAACCAGGGGUACCGCUUCAGCGCGGACACCGAUCAGAUCGGGGAGGGCACGUACGGCAAGGUGUUCCGCGGCUGGGACCUGGCUCGCCACGACAAGGUGGCCCUGAAGAUGAUUCGCACGGACAGCGAGAAGGAGGGCUUCCCAAUCACCGCCAUCAGAGAGAUAAAGAUCCUCAGCAACCUGAAGCACGACAACAUCGUCAACCUGCGGGAGAUCGUGCGCGGCGAGGUGGACGCGGCCAGCGCCUACAAGGGCGCGAUCUACAUGGUGUUUGACUACGCUGAGCACGACCUGACGGGCAUGAUCGACUCUUACAAGGGCAAGCUCACCGUCACACAGGCGCGGCCCCUUGCCUGCUCCCGCGACCGUGUCAAGUGCAUUAUGAUGCAGCUGCUGCGGGGCCUGUCCUACUGCCACGCUAACGGGGUGCUGCACCGCGACCUCAAGGCCGCGAACAUCCUCAUCACACGCGAGGGCAUCCUGAAGCUGGCUGACUUUGGCCUAGCGCGCACCUACCUGGAGGAGGGCAGCCAGAAGAUGACAAACAGGGUCAUCACGCUCUGGUACAGGCCCCCUGAGCUGCUGCUGGGCGCGGAGCACUACGACCCUAAAAUCGACGUCUGGUCUGUCGGCUGCAUCUUCGCGGAGCUGCUGUCUGGCAAGCCCCUGUUUCCAGGCAACGACGAGGCCAGCACGCUGCGGCGCAUCUUGGACUUCAUGGGCUUGCCCACCAACAAGACCUGGCCCGGCAUUGAGGAGUGGCCCUUCUACAAGGACAUAAACAAGACCAACCUGCAGCCUGACAACAACUCGCGCUUCGUGCGGUGGUGCAAGGAGCACCUGAUGGACCAGGCGGCGGUGCCCCUGCUGCAGAGGAUGCUGACGCUCGACCCACGCAAGCGCGUGACCGCCUGCGAGGCUCUCAUGGACCACUACUUGUGGGACGCGGCCCCGCGGCCCUGCAAGCCCUCUGAGCUGCCCAAGCUGCCAGACUCCCACGAGUUCACGACCAAGAAGAGCCGCGACAAGCGCCACCACCAGGCGCAGCAGCAGCAGCAACAGCAGCAGCAGCAGUAUGCCCAGCAGCAGCAGCAGCAGCAACAGCAGCAGUAUGUGCACGCCGGUCGCUUGCCGUACGGCGCGGCGCCAGGGUACGGCAGCGGCGGCGUGCAGGGGCACGCACCGCCGCACUUGCAGCAGCCCGGCGGCCACGAUGGGAGGAACGUGCGGCAGCGCACGGGCCCGCCCCCAUCAGGGUAUGUCAUGCCAGCUAUGGGCGGCGCCGUUGCGCCCCCCGGAAUAGCGCCUGGCGCGUACGGGGCGCCGGCACCCAUGGCCCCCUAUGGCGCCCCGCCGCCUGUGGGGCGGGGCGCUGGGCGCGGGUACGCCCCACCGCCUGGGCCGGCCGGCCGCGGAUUCACGCCUGGCAGCCAGGGGGGCCCCAUGCCGCCGGGUUUUGCAGGGCAGCAGCAGCAGCAGCGUCAGGACAGGAGCUCGAGUGGUGGUGGCGGGCAUUACGGGCGGUGA